GUAUAAAGCAGCAGAGUCAAUGUGAUGCUGCCAGUGUGCUCCUUGACUGUGUGUGGAGUGUACGCUCGCUCUCUCGUCUCCACAGGCACAACAGCAGACAGCAUGUUGUUGGAGGUGGUGGUGGCGGUGGUGGUGGUGGUUGUGAGCUUGAGGACGUGGUACGUGUAUACAUCAGGACGCUGCACCAGCACCAGGUCCAUGGCGGGCAAGACGGUCAUCAUUACCGGCGGAACGGCAGGUAUCGGGAAGGAGACGGCUCGUGACCUGCUGUGGCGCAGCGCUCGCGUCGUCCUAGCAUGCAGGAACCUGGAGAAGGGCGCCAGGGUGGCCGGUGAACUGAGGGCCGAAGUGGGCAGCGUCGGGGAGGUGGUGGUGCGUCGCCUCGACACCUCUGACCUCACCUCCGUCAGGACCUUCGCUAAGGAGGUGCUGGACACAGAGAAGGCCAUCCACGUGCUGAUCAACAAUGCCGGCAGGGCAAGCCCCGAGAAGAGAGAGGUGACGGAGGACGGCCUCGAGAUGACCAUGGCGACCAAUCACUUUGGUCACUUCCUGCUGACUAACCUGCUUUUGGGUCGUCUGAAGGAAUCUGCGCCGAGCCGCGUCGUGAAUGUGUCUUCCAUGGGACACAGGUGGGCCAGCAAGUUUGAUGUGAACGACCUGACACUUAGCAGCCCGUACGACCCUCCGCAAGCUUACUUCAUCAGCAAGUUGUGCAACGUUCUCUUCACACGCGAACUGGCGGACCGACUGGCGGGCACGGGCGUAACGGCCAACAGCCUCCACCCCGGAGCCGUGAACACAAACAUCCUCAACAGCCUCAGCUUCUCCUUCACGUCGGCCCUCUUCUCGCUAUUCCUAAUUGUCUUCGGCAAGGACGCGGCCCUCGGCGCCCAGACCUCCAUCCACCUGGCGGUAUCGGAGGAGGUGGAGGGCUUGACAGGCAUCUACUUUGGUGAUUGCAAGGAGGAAGUCCCCUCCAAGCUGGCGCGCCGCAAGGACCUGGCCACCGCCCUGUGGGAGGCCAGCGUGAAGGCCGUGGGGCUUCAACCGCACGAGACACACUGCUGACUGCUGACCUCGACGGACAUCAGUUGACUACGCAAUUCCUACAAAUGCUCAGCCUUUAUGAAGCGUCAGUCACGUGGAGCUCGUUUUCCUUGGCCUGCGUCGGCCCUUCAAAGCGUUACAGCCCCGCCGAGCCCUCCUGCCUGAGAUCGCCGGAAAAAACGCCAAAAACAGCCAUUAUAGAAAUGGGCAGACCCCAUCCACGACCCUCUGUGUCUCUGAACGACCUCACUGAAUAAACAAACCUUAUGAAUUA